GGUGUUUAAUUCACGUCUUUUCCGUUUCCAGGCUGUAUAUGCACAUCUGAGCUAUAAAUAAUAUCAAAUAAAACGGUUUUGUGUAUCAGGGAGGUGAGAUCAUCGUAACACAGCCAUGGGAGGACAAGCAAAGGCGAAAAAGAAAAGCAAACCGAGGAGAAAAGAGAACCGUAAAGGUCUAGAGAACACAGCAAUGUCACCACAGGACAGGAUGAAGGACAGGAUGAAAGCCAGGAUGCAGGAGAAAGCUAAAAAGAAGACUGCUGAAAAAUACACCAUCGAUCAGUUACUGGAAAAGACAGAAGAAUGUAUGGACAACUUUGACUUUCCAAUGGCGAAGAUGUUCUGUCAGCGCGCCCUGGACAUUGAACCUACCAACCUGACUGUUCUGGGCAUGCUAGGAAACAUCUGCGCUGAGCUCGGGGACAUGGAUAAAGCCAAACAGAUAUUUCUGAAAGCAGUGGAACUGAGUCCAGAGGAAGGUCACAGCAAGUACAUGUACCUGGGUCAGAUUCACACAGGCGCCGAGGCCGUGCAGUACUUUAGCAAAGGCAUUGAAGUCAUGCUCAAAGCCAUAGACAAGCAAGUUCAAGAGGUUAGUAAUCUAGGAGCUGCGGCUUUACCAUCAGAGUCUCCCAUUACUGCAAAGGACGUGUGUGUAGCCUUCUGUUCCAUUGCUGAGAUUUUCUUCACUGACCUUUGUAUGGAGGAGGGAGCAGCCGAGCGGUGUAAGGAGGCUAUUGAGAAAGCGCUGCACUAUGACCAGAACAACCCUGAAGCUCUGCAGUUAAUGGCGAGCUACCAAUUCAGCAUUGAAAAACCUGAGGAGGGCCGUGACUACCUGAUAAAGAGUGUGUCGACGUGGUUGCCGGGUCGCCAGAAGGAGGAAGCGUGUUCAGCAAGCGCAGAGCAACCUGAUGAAGAAGAUGAGGAGGAGGAGAGAUCACAGAGUAAUAUCCCACCGUAUGAGUCCCGAAUUACAACAGCCAAAUUACUGAUAGAAGUUGAGGAAUUUGAGAUGGCCACGGAUGUGUUGGAGGGUCUGUUAGAGGAGGACGAUGAGGUUGUACAGGUGUGGUAUUUGUUAGGAUGGUUGUAUUAUCUCCAGCUGGAUAAGCCCAGUGCUGCAGAAGACUCAGAAAACUUGAAAAAAUCAGCCAGAAUCUACCUUACCAAAGCAAAAAAGCUCUACAUGAAGCUGCAUUGUGAGGAUGUACCCAUGUUGGAGCACACUGAGCAGCUGUUAGGAGAACUCGGAGGAGAAUUGGUCGCCCAUGAUGACGGGGAUGAAGCCGGACCCUCUAUUGAUGACAUUGGGGAUGACUUCAUUCAGAGCAGUGAGGAUGAGCAGGAAGAUGAUGAUGCCAUGGAGCACUGAAUGAGUGUGAAUCUUUAAUUUGUCUCAAGCCUAUGUUCUUCUGUUCAUUUUCUACUUUGUACUCUGUCGUGACUGUUUUUAAAUUGUGGAUUUGGAGACAAUUUUGUCAAAAAUCAACUUGUCACUUUGUCUUUAAAGUUGAGAACAGACGGCGAAGAAUAACGGUGGAAAGAAUGGGUAUGUUUUUGUCCAGACACGCGUCAAGUUUUUGAAAAAAGGAGAAUGAUGAAGGUGUAAUCCAAACGUGUCAAAGCUGUCGAGAAGUUUAGGCUGAUGAAUAAGUAUAUUGAUUUAUGGAACAAUUCAGUUAGACAGCUACUUUACAAAAACAUGACUAGGAAUUAAAACUUUUAGUAUGCGAUAACAUAAUCCCCUGCUCCCUGAAGGAUUUCUUUUCAUGUUCACUUUCUCUCACACAUUUUUGCAAGCUUUGUACUGACUUUGCUUUAUCUGAUGCAACAAGUGCCUUAUAUAGUAGGGCACAAAACCCCAAGAGCAACAGCAACAACGUUGUGUAGUGUUACAGUAAAGAGCCUGUACAGCCAAGACCAAUCAGAUGUUUGUACUGUACUAUUCAUCUUCUGGCAUUUUUCACCACAUGGUGACUUUAAUAAUCAUUUCGGAAUCAUAAUGACUCACAUUUUCAUUGUGGGCUGUACGUAAUGACUCAGAAAUGCCAUCAGGGAUUAAAAAUUGCAUUUUAAAUCAAA